AUGGCAAGUAAUAACACAGUAAACUUCCUCUUAACAGGACCACGUGUGAAGAAGCAACAUGCCAGAGGAUCCCAGCUGAGGAUCAUUCUGGUGGGCAAAACAGGCACAGGAAAGAGUGCCACCGGGAACAGCAUCCUGGGGAAACCAGCGUUUGAGUCGCGUCUGGGCGCCCAGACCUUGACUAAGACUUGCAGUGAGGGUCAGGGAAGCUGGGGCGAGAGGGAGAUGGUCGUUAUUGACACGCCAGAUAUGUUUUCUGGGAAGGACCACUCUGACUCCCUGUACAAAGAGGUACAGAGAUGCUACUUGCUCUCUGCACCAGGACCCCACGUGCUGCUCCUGGUGACGCAGCUGGGCCGAUUCACCACUCAGGACCAGCAGGCUUUGCAGAGGGUGAAGGAGAUCUUUGGAGAGGAUGCCAUGAGACACACAAUUGUCCUCUUCACGCACAAGGAGGACCUCGAGGGAGGCUCCUUGAUGGAUUACGUCCACGACUCAGACAACAAAGCCCUAAGCAAGCUGGUGGUGGCAUGUGGGGGGCGAGUGUGUGCCUUUAAUAACCGUGCUAAAGGGAGUGAUCGGGACGGCCAAGUGAAGGAGCUAAUGGACUUGAUUGAGGACCUGGUGAUGGAGAAAAGGGGUAAUCACUAUACCAACAGGCUGUACGGCCUAGUAACAGGGGGAGAAUGUGGACCUGUGUGGUCAGAGGAAAGAUUGAAGGAUUUCAGAGAGAGUCUUAUAAAGUACAUGGAAGUUCAGAGACGUUACACAACCACGGCCAACGCAAAUUGCCUAAAACGAGCCCUAAUCAAAACACUAGUCUGCAUUUUAUUUUGUAUUAAGUUGUUUGCCAUAUUGCUAAUUCUGUUAUUUUAUGUAUGGUACAGAAUGUGCCACUUGUUUUAUCGCUUACUUUUUACUAUGUACAAUUUGUUCCAUAGCUUCCUGUUACUGUACUCCAAAAAUUAAUGAUAAUUUUCAGAA